CGUUGUCAAAACAAUAUUGGACAACGCAGACGCAUGCAGUCGUGCUCGUUAACGUAAAUAAUUUAUAUAAAUUGACAAUUUUUAAUUGUGACCUACUUUAGUGACUAAGCAUACUUAUACCUUCUACAUAUAAUAUUAACUAAUUGUUUAAGUGUUUAUUUGAGUGAACUUCAAAGAAUGGACAAGUGGUGAUUUUACACAAAAUCUAGAUGGAUAGCAGCCCCUUCAACCGAAGCGGGCUAACGCGCCGCUCUCCACCACCGACACCACAACCACUAGCCCAAACCCCCAGCCGAGAGCCAAUAGAGAAAAUGGAGACCAUCUCAACGCCCGAAUUACAAAACUGGAUGGGGUCCAUCGAACAAAGCCUAAACGAGGUCUGCUCUAUUACUACCGAAGGCAAGCUUAACUCAGAACAAAAAUUGAGAGUAAGUAACCUCUGUCGAAAAGUGGGACAUAACGUAGCGCAACUAGCCGUGCAGUACCAGUCCUUAAAACAAAAGGCCGUACAAACACAUUACUACCUCCAAGCCCUGAACGAAAAACAAGACCUGACAGAAAAACUAGCUACAGAAAUCAAGACUGUAAUAAAAGAGUCCUGUACGAAGCCAAUUUCUGAAAGCACUUCCUUUGCUGAUAUGGUGAAGAAAGGGUCCAACAGCUUCGUUCGUCCAGUUCAACAUAGUGCAGUGGCGAUAUACCCGAGUGAUAACUCAAAGACGAGCGAUGAAACGAGAAACCUGGUCCAAAAAAUCGUGUGCCCUGAGGAAAUGAAGUUGAAAGUCCGAGGAGUCCGUAAAGUCCGAAAUGGCGGCGUGAUUAUCAGCACUGAGACCAAGGAUGACCUCGAAAAAUUGAAACAAACUGUCCAGCAUGCAAACUCAGGGCUCACCGUCGACGAACCACAGAAACGGAAGCCCCGCAUAAUAAUAAUAGGAGUUCCCUCAUCAAUGGCAGAAAGUGAGGUCUACAGCUGCAUCUUUGAACAAAACAUGGUCGAUAAAGUCCCAUCUAUGACUCGAGAUACAUUUCUGUCCUCAAUAAAGCUGAGCCACAAAUCUGGCAGGAGAGAUUCAGACCACCAUAACUUGAUCUUAGAAGUAUCAGCCGUCAUACGAAAAGCCCUCAUCACCCAAGAUCGAGUUUUUAUAAACUGGACGUCCUGCCCGGUGAGAGACUUCACUUUAGUAACUAGAUGUUACAACUGUCAACAGUACGGUCACGCGGCUAAAUCAUGCAAAAACACUGCCCCGGUUUGCGGACACUGUAGUGAAGAGGGACAUUCAAUCAAGGAAUGCACCAAGAAAAAUGACUCUCCAAAAUGUGCCACGUGCCUGCGCUUCAAAAACCAGGUAACCAUAAAACCGGAGAUAUUGAUUGCCCGGCUAGGAUAGCUGCUGAAUUCAGGUACAUAAACUCGAUCGAUUAUGAAGGCGCCUAAGAGCGUCACAUAAUAUUUCAUUACUUAGGAACUAAUUCUCAACUAGUUAUUAUUAUAAUAUGGAUAUCAAUUUAAUUACGCAAAUAGAUAAUAGUUUCUCACCUGUGACCAAAGCAUGCGAUGUUGAAGACUGCAAACAACAUCUGUCUGACUUUCAAAACUCAUUAACAGUACUAACCCAAAAUAUUCGUAGUAUAUAUAAGAAUAUAGACAGCUUCAAUAUUUU